UUUUUUUAUAUAUACAACUAUAAAAAUGUAAUAAUUUUUUAGAAUAAUAGGACCCUAUGACUUUAUUUUUUCAGAAAGCCAAAUGCUAAAACACAACAAGCAUCACACUGAGUAUGUGCAGCAGAUGAAAUAGCACCAUUAAGUCACACAGACACUCAGUAAAUGCAGACUUCUUAUUUUAAACAGCUGUCUUUUUGGGUUUCACAGACACUAGUCCAUAACACAUUUUGAUUAAAUUUUCUUUGCUAGAUUAAGGAAGUGACACAACUCACUAUGCACCAUUUUGCAUAAGUCUUUGUUGUUUCAUAGUGAUGUGGACCUGUACAGAGGAGAAGAGGAAAUAGAAAAAGAGCAGCAGGACAAGCAGCAUCCAAAGUCAGUUUUUGAAGAAUAUUCAGUGUGUACUGAAAUGUUGCAGAGAUGUCUGUGAGGUGCUUUAUUCCCAUCAGCGGCUGUUGCAGAGAUGUCUGUGAGGUGCUUUAUUCCCAUCAGCGGCUGUUGGUGAGACCCAGAGCAGUGUAUCAGCUGCAGAGGAUCUUCAGACCUACAGCGAGAGAGAAUGGAAAGGCAACACCACAAAAAGUCUGCUUAUCCGAAAGGGAUAUGAAGCAAUAGCCAGUGAGUUCAAUCUGUGCAGAGUGAGAGGUGAUAACUACUGUGCUCUAAGGGCGACUCUCUUCCAGGUGCUCAGCCAAUCAAAACAGCUUCCUGCCUGGUUGCACGACUCUGACAUUAGUAAGUGGGCAAAAGAAAUGCACUCAGAUUUUAUUACGGAGUGGCAGUUUCCAUUUGAAACUAGCAUGAGCAAAUUGCAGCAUCUUGAACAAUGUCUGGAGCUACUGAAGAAUAAGUGGCAAGAGGCUGUCCAGUGUAAAAGUCUUGAGGAGAGGGAGCACACUUGCCAGCAUGUGUUCAGAGGUCAUGAUGAAGAGUACGAGCUUCUUGAAGCGUUGAAGUUCUUGAUGCUGAGGACUGCCAUUCAGUUGCACUCAGAUAUGGAGAAGGGCUCUGAUGUACCAGAGUUCUGCUGGCUCCUCUUUGCUCGUGACUCGUCUAAAUGCCCCAAGACAUUUUUCACCAACCACCUCAGACAUGUAGGGUUUAGUGGUGGGCUGGAACAGGUGGAGAUGUGCCUCCUGGGUUAUUCCCUUCAAGAGAUGAUCCAGGUUGUUCGGCUGUACAAGUGUGAUAAUGAAGAGUUUAUUACAUACUACCCGAACGACCACAAGAAUGCCAGUCCUCUAUGCUUGCUUACAGAAGAUGACGGACACUAUAAUGUACUCUUCCCCAAAAAGUCCUCAAAAUUUGAUGCAUAUGGUAGACCAAAGUGGAUUCAAUCUUCAGGUGGACAACCAAGCAUAACGACCUGUCUAGUAAAUGGCAAGGAGUUACAAUCCUUCAUGUUUUCCACAUGGCUGUUCUUGAGUUUAUGUUUUGGGAUAUUUUUCUUUCAUGUUUUAAUUCUUAUAAAUUUAAAUAUUUGCUUAUCUUUAUCUUUUGCAAAAGUUUUAUGAGACAUAGAAUGGGAGGUUUGUAAUGUUUUUUUAUUUAGUUGAUAAUUUGCAAAGCAAUUAUUAACUUUGUAUGUUACAAUAAAAUUCAACUGUAA